AGAGAGACAGGGAUAUCUUGGGCUCUGGGAGAGGGGGAGGCCAGCCCGGGGAAGGAGGAGACAGGGGAGGGGCUGCGGCUGGAGGGGGAGACAGACCCAGCCCAGAGCUCUGAGUGGCUUCCUGCUGCCUGUGUCUAAACCCCUCACAUUCCUGCGCCCCACCAGACGCCUGGACACGCUCUGCUGCCGCCUGCCUCCAAGGGUUCCCAGCACCAUGAGGGCCUGGAUCUUCUUCGUCCUUUGCCUCGCUGGGAGGGCCUUCGCAGCCCCUCAGCAGGAAGCCCUGCCUGAUGAGACAGAGGUGGUGGAGGAAACCGUGGCUGAGGUGUCAGAGGUGCCCGUGGGUACCAACCCUGUCCAGGUAGAAGUCGGAGAAUUUGAAGAGGCUGAGGAAACCGUAGAGGAUGUGGUGGCUGAAAACCCCUGCCAGAACCACCACUGCAAGCACGGCAAGGUGUGCGAGCUGGAUGAGAGCAACACCCCCAUGUGCGUGUGCCAGGACCCCACCACCUGUGCCGCCCCUGCUGGCGAGUUUGAGAAGGUGUGCAGUAAUGACAACAAGACCUUCGACUCCUCCUGCCACUUCUUUGCCACCAAGUGCACCCUGGAGGGCACCAAGAAGGGCCACAAACUCCACCUGGACUACAUCGGGCCUUGCAAAUACAUCCCCCCCUGCCUGGACUCUGAGCUGACCGAGUUCCCCCUGCGCAUGCGGGACUGGCUCAAGAACGUCCUGGUGACCCUCUAUGAACGGGACGAGAACAACAACCUGCUGACCGAGAAGCAGAAGCUGAAAGUGAAGAAAAUCCACGAGAACGAGAAGCGCUUGGAGGCCGGGGACCACCCCGUGGAGCUGCUGGCCCGGGACUUUGAGAAGAACUACAAGAUGUACAUCUUCCCUGUGCACUGGCAGUUCAGCCAGCUGGACCAGCACCCCAUUGACGGGUACCUGUCCCACACCGAGCUGGCCCCCCUGCGUGCCCCCCUCAUCCCCAUGGAGCACUGCACCACCCGCUUUUUUGAGACCUGUGACCUGGACAAUGACAAGUACAUAGCCCUGGAGGAGUGGGCCGGUUGCUUCGGCAUCAAGGAGCAGGACAUCGACAAGGAUCUCGUGAUCUAAAGCCAGCCUCCACCCGCACCACCGGAUUCUCUCUCUUUGACCUGUCCCUUCCCGUCCUCUUUCCCCUAACCCCCCCAAAGUUUAAAAUGUUUGGAUGGUUGGUUGUUCCGCCUGGAGAUAAGGUGCUAACAUAGACAUUAACGGUGCUAAAACAGGAAAUCGUAGCCCACGUCCUGACACUCUCACUUGUAACUCCGCGCAGAGGCCUCUGGCUCACCCACUAACUCAAGGCCCUGUCCCUCUCCGCUGCAGGCUGCAGCUCUGCCCCGUGUCUUCCCGGCUGCGGGGCCGGUUUGCCCACGCUGCCCUGCCUCGCACACUCUGCACCUCAGACUCUCUCUGUGCUUCUGCUUGAAGCUCGCAUUCACCGAGCCAGACCUUCGCGCUCAUUUUAGUUCACAGGGUUCGGGCUGCCUGGGGUCUUCCCGGGCGGCUGCGGGGAGGCAAAGGAAGUAACGGACACAGCGUGGCUUCUGGGACUGCAGGCCCAGAGGUGGGGAGAGAGCCCGCCUGCCAGGGCCUAGAGAGCAGGGCUUGUUUGCAGGCUUGGCUGAGAGGGGAGAGGGAGGUGCUGGGCUCUGUUCUGGUCGCGUGGACUCUCCUGGCCAUUUCCUCCUGCGCUCUUCUGAGCAACUUCUUUGCACACGAGGCUGUUUGUUCCAGCUUGUGGGGGCCGUGGCCAGUGGUUCUCUGCGGGGUAGAUGCGCAUGUCCCACAGGGUCUCUUCCCUCCCUACUUCUUUAGGUGGCUUCAGGCUUCUUUCUUCUCAGGGGCUCCACGGGCCAGGAGGCUGUUUCAGGCACGAAAGCCAAAAGCCAGAGCGAGACUUGGAAAGUUGUAAUGAAGAGAAAGUGGAGUUGGUGAAUUGGUUGUGUUUUUUUUUCAUAUUUGGAAGGCUGUCACACAUGUUCUAGCAUAUUCCACCUUUUCUUUCCCCCUUUUGUCUCCUAUUAAUCAAAGUCAUUGGGAUGGUCAGAUCUCACAGGCUGAGAACUCGUUCACCUCCAAGCAUUUCAUGAAAAAGCUGCUUCGUAUUAAUCAUGCAAGCUCUCUCCAUGAAGUGAGGAGUUUGACGAAUCUUUCAAAAUAAAAAGUAAUGACUUAGAAACUGC